GUCAGGACAGCCUGACUCAGUAACUCCGGUUACGGGCCAUUCCAGCUUAUCGGCAAUUUUAGACCUUGGUCGCAAACAUAUCAUUAGCGAGUCAUCCACACCACGAUGGGCUAAUUUGAGGACGCUGCGGCGUGCAUGGCAGGAAUUCUAACCCGGUACCUACUUGAAAGAAAUGAUUGCAGUGCCGUGGCGUGUAUAAGGCUCCCAUUGCUCAACGUUCAACGUUAACAACACCCACCAACUGGAGGCCAUUCCUCCGUCACAAUGUCCUUUGGCUCUGUGUUUGCUACAACUACACCAAUUAGUGUUGGCCCGUACCACUACGUCCCUACAGAGUGGAUAUGUAUCCUUUUCCUGGUAUUGUACAGUAUCUCAACCGUCCUCCACUUGGGCCAGGCGGUCAAGUAUAGACUGUGGUGGAUGAUCCCCACAGCGACCUUCGCGGGUAUCCUGGAAAUUCUAGGAUGGAGUGCCAGGUUAUGGUCGAGUCGGAACCCCAAGCUUUUGACGCCUUAUGAGAUGCAGAUCGUUGGCACUAUAAUAGCACCUACUCCGCUUGUCGCAGCCAACUUUAUCAUCCUUGGCAGGGUAAUUACUCAAAUUGGACCCCAGUACAGCCGUCUAACCCCAAGGUUAUAUACCAUCGUUUUUUGUUGCUUUGACAUUGUUUGCUUGAUUGUACAAGCUGCGGGAGGCGCAUCUGCUGCGCACGCCGCCAAUACGAAGACAAGCGCUUCGAUGGGCGCGAACAUUAUGCUAGGAGGAAUCGUUGCUCAGCUUUUUGCAAUAGUGGUCUAUGUCGCUUUGGCGGUUGAGACUCUCUUGCGUUUGCAAUAUAAUCUACCCUUCCGCUACGUUGAACAGCGUCGCAUAUCGGAGAAAGGCCCACGUACUGUAAGUAAGAGCUUGCGACUUAUGCUUUGUGGCAUGGCGUUCUGUACCCUUUGCAUCUUCAUUCGAUCGGUGUACCGUACUGUGGAGCUCGCCGAUGGAUGGAAUGGGCCAGUGAUUUCGACGGAGCGCUACUUCGACUGGCUCGAUGGUGGCAUGGUAACUCUCGCCAUCUACACUCUCAAUUUCUUUUACCCAGGUAUCUUGGUGAAGAAGGAUAAUCCUAUGACUCACGCUUCACAGCAAUCUAUCGACGAAGAAGCUAGUUCGACCAAGACCUAAAACAUUGAGUGCUCUUGGAUUUUACUACGAAGAGACGAUGGACCGUCGUAGAGCAGUUGUCAGGACGUUCUUCUAUACUACUUCCCCUCACGUAUCUACUUAGUACCUUGUGCGAUUGUCGAACAUCUCUGGCAUAUCUUGGCAUGUCAUAAUAACGCCUGUUUUCUGUUUCCUGCC